GGUUAGACAUGCCACGCUUGCUCUAGAAGCCUGAGCUCAGGAUAGGUGAUCAUUUCAAAAGAAAUAUUUAUCAACAGUGAUUGCAGACGUUCCCAUCACAACCACUGUUCAGUCAUGGACCAUACUCAGCAGUCAAGCAAAGCUGCAGAGGCCCAACCUUCACGAUCAAAGCAAACAAGGUUCUGCGAUGGAUUCAAGCUAUUUUUGGCAGCCCUCUCCUUCAGCUACAUAUGCAAAGCACUAGGUGGAGUUGUUAUGAAGAGUUCCAUCACCCAAAUAGAAAGAAGAUUCGACAUACCAUCUUCCAUUUCUGGUUUGAUUGAUGGAGGCUUUGAAAUUGGGAAUUUAUUAGUUAUUGUAUUUGUGAGUUACUUUGGAUCCAAACUACACAGACCAAAGCUGAUUGGAAUUGGCUGCUUCAUCAUGGGCAUUGGGAGCAUUCUGACAGCGUUGCCACAUUUCUUCAUGGGAUAUUACAAGUAUGCAAAAGAAAACGACAUCGGCUCUCUAGACAACUCUACAUUGACCUGUUUCAUCAAUCAAACGACAUCACCCACCGGACCUUCACCUGAGAUCGUGGAGAAAGGUUGUGAAAAGGGGUUAAAGUCGCACAUGUGGAUUUAUGUCCUGAUGGGGAACAUGCUUCGUGGGAUAGGGGAAACACCAAUAGUGCCCCUGGGAAUUUCCUACCUUGAUGACUUUGCAAAAGAAGGGCACACUUCCAUGUACCUAGGUACUCUGCAUACUAUAGCAAUGGUUGGACCAAUCCUUGGCUUUAUCAUGUCAUCUGUGUUUGCUAAGAUAUAUGUAGACGUUGGAUAUGUAGACCUGAACAGUGUCCGAAUAACUCCUAAUGAUGCUCGUUGGGUUGGUGCCUGGUGGCUCAGCUUCAUUGUGAAUGGACUAUUAUGCAUUACUUCUUCCAUACCCUUCUUUUUUCUGCCCAAAAUUCCAAAGAGGUCACAGGAGGAAAGGAAAAAUUCAGUAUCUCUUCAUGCACCCAAAACAGAUGAGGAGAAGAAACACAUGACUAAUUUAACAAAGCAAGAGGAACAAGCUCCUUCCAACAUGACUGGUUUUCUAAGGUCUCUGAGAAGCAUCCUUACCAAUGAAGUAUAUGUUAUAUUCUUGAUACUGACGUUGCUACAAAUCAGCAGCUUCAUUGGCUCCUUUACUUACCUGUUCAAGUUCAUAGAGCAGCAGUUCGGCCGGACAGCAUCUCAGGCCAACUUCUUGUUAGGAAUUAUAACCAUACCUACUAUGGCAACUGCAAUGUUUUUAGGAGGAUAUAUUGUUAAAAAAUUCAAAUUGACAUCGGUUGGAAUCGCCAAGUUUGUAUUUUUCACCUCCUCGGUGGCCUAUGCGUUGCAGUUCUUAUAUUUUCCUCUACUCUGUGAAAACAAGCCAUUUGCUGGCCUAACCUUGACCUACGAUGGAAUGAACCCAGUGGACUCUCACAUAGAUGUACCACUUUCUUAUUGUAACUCGGACUGCAGUUGUGAUAAAAAUCAAUGGGAACCCAUCUGUGGGGGAAAUGGAGUCACUUACAUUUCACCUUGUCUGGCAGGAUGCAAAUCUUUUCGUGGUGAUAAGAAGCCGAAUAACACAGAGUUCUAUGACUGCAGUUGUAUCAGCAGCUCUGGAAACAACUCAGCACGUUUGGGUGAAUGCCCAAGAGACAAAUGCAAAACCAACUAUUACUUUUAUAUAAUUCUUCAAGUCACUGUGUCCUUUUUCACUGCAAUGGGAAGUCCAUCUUUUAUCUUGAUUCUGAUGAAGAGCGUCCAACCUGAAUUGAAAUCACUUGCAAUGGGUUUCCAUUCACUGAUUAUUCGAGCACUAGGAGGGAUUCUAGCUCCAAUCUAUUAUGGGGCAUUCAUUGACAGAACGUGUAUUAAGUGGUCUGUCACCAGCUGUGGAAAACGUGGUGCAUGUAGGCUAUAUAACUCCAGAUUAUUUGGAUUCUUCUACUUGGGUUUGAACUUAGCUUUAAAAACUCCACCAAUUUUUUUAUAUGUUGUAUUAAUUUAUUUCAUAAAGAGAAAAUAUAAAAGAAAUGAUAACAAGACAUUGGAAAAUGGAAGACAGUUCACAGAUGAAGGAAACCCAGAUUCUGUAAAUAAAAAUGGAUACUAUUGUGUACCUUAUGAUGAACAAAGCAAUGAAACACCUCUUUAAGGGAAGAGAAAGAUACAUCUGUUGCUGUGUUUUCAAAUACCCCCGGGGUUCUUUCACUGAAAUUUUUCAUACUUUAUAUGUAAUGGAGAAUUUAUAACCCUAUGCAUUUAUAAUUAAACAAAUUGCAAAUCAAAAGAAAUAAGAGAACCCUUGUUAGGGUAUAGCUGUGCAUUUGUAGCUAAGGAUUUGGAGAUAUAUAAACAGGUAUUCACUUAAGCAUUUAUAACUCAAUAAAAUAGAGAAUGGGGCAAGGAUGGACAAAGGGGAAAGGGACUGUGAAAAAUUGUUGUCUUUAAAAAUCAAAAUUUGAAUCGUACUAUUCAUGCCUGAAGC